AUGGCGGCUGCCUCACCCACGCCCAUGGGGAAUGGUCUCGUUCGGAGGACCUCACAACGACAGGGCCUCAGGAGACUCCCAUCGAGACAGGCCAUGAACCACAACGAGAGCUUCUCUGCUCACUCGAGCUCAUCCGCGCCCAACGGUUACCACCCGAAGCCACAGCAAUUCCACGAUGACAGCUCUGAAGACGAGAUCCCCGUACCUAUGAAGCUCAGCGCUCUCACCAAGGCACUACUGAAUGACGGUGGCCCCGAGUCUGUCGAGCGACCUCCAUCCCCCCCUCGAACAAGAAGACGUACCAGUGCUCUGAACGCGUCGACUUCUUCAGCCACAGAAACCCGCCGACACUUGAGGUCCGGAAGCGUCCAGGCCCACGACCAAAGGUCCUCAAGACCCACUAGCCCAGCACCUGCAAGUCGAGAUAUAAGUCCCGUCAGGAAGCGCGUUGUCCGCUUGAGCAACACUCCUCAGAGUCUCAACCAGAUGAAGCCCACCAAGCGACGAUCAACCUCGGUGUCUCGUUCGACACAACGAUCUCGGCCCCGGAGCCGCCCUGGCAGUCGGGACAUGUCCUCUGAUGAGAGACAUGACUCUCAGCAGGAGAUUAACACCCCAGCACAAGGUGGACGCGUCGUGCGGAUAAAUGCUGGGUCUCCUUCAAACCGAAGCCGCGUCGGCUCCACUGGUCCUUCUUCAGGGAGGUCGAUGGAACGGUCUGUGCUAGACAAGUCUGCCCUUGAUAUGGACAAUGACCAGCCUGAAGAGCCUGCUACUGUCGCACGGAACCCCCCUCCUUUUCACCAUGGCAGUGUUUCCCGAUAUCCAUCCACAAUCACCAGGACUCGGCCUGAAGAUAACGCCAACCUACAGAGCUCGAUGCGCAUUAAGCGUGUCGGAAAGGUCGCUGGAAGCUUUCUCAGUGGACCAGCCCGGCGAGGUCGCCGACGACAGAGUGAGGAGGACGGCGAGGUGAACGGAGAUGGCGAGAUCGUGUCAAGCCAGGAGCCAGAGAGCCAGCCCGCCGAUGAUCAACUCGCCCCGUCUUACUAUGGUGAUGGUAUUCGGGAUUUCAACUCAGGCAGCCCAGUCAGCGGCAGUGCAGCUGCUAGGGCAGUUCAUCGAAGGAAUGCGUCAAAUCUCGACUUGCGCAUGGGUUCUGCGAGAACAUCUCCCCGAGAAGCUUCUCCCCGAGAGCCCACACCAGAGCCAGCACCCGCUCCUGAGCCAGAGGCCAAGCCAGAGCAGAAUGAGGAGGAGGAAGAGGAAAUUCACUACCGCCUCCCUGCUCCUCCUCGCCCUGAGCUGCCCUCUGGCCGCGACCAAGAGAACAAUGCCCCGCCAAGUUACAAACGGACCAAGCCUUCAGUCGAUGUGCUUCUGGACAAGAUACCCAAGCGACCUGCGAGUGUCGACCCUGCUGCUAUGAGGGCAGUUUCACCCGAACGCAAACCAUUGGCAUCUAUGGCCCGAAACACUCCUCUUCGCCACGCUCCUCCGCCCCCUCCCAAGAUGUCUGUUCUUGAGGCUGCCACAGCAACUGCGGGUGCUGCCACGACUACCCAGGCGAAGCAGCGACGCAACAUCCUGCGAGUUAACGGAGUGGCCUACACUCGACUUGAUUGUCUUGGUCGUGGUGGCAGCGGAAAGGUGUAUCGAGUCGCGGCCGAGAAUGGCAAGAUGUUUGCCCUCAAGCGAGUCUCGUUGGAGAACGCCGACGAUAACACCAUCAAGGGCUACCUUGGUGAGAUCGACCUAUUGAAGAAACUUGGCGAGGUGGAACGCGUUAUUAAGCUGUUUGAUUGCGAAAUGAACACCGAGAAGCAAAUUCUUACUUUGCUUAUGGAGAUUGGAGAGCUGGACUUUAACACCUUUUUGCGGAAACGCUACAACCCCGAAGCCGCCAAGUUUGAUCCAGUUUUUGUGCGGUUCUACUGGAAGGAGAUGCUCGAAUGUCUGCAGGCGGUUCACCAAUGCGAUAUUGUUCAUUCUGAUCUCAAGCCGGCCAAUUUCGUCCUGGUCAAGGGUCAGCUGAAGCUCAUCGACUUUGGUAUUGCCAACGCUAUCCAGACGGACGAGACCGUCAAUGUACACCGCGAGACACAGGUUGGCACACCCAACUACAUGUCCCCCGAGUCCCUCAUGGACUCUAACAACCCCCGAGGAGGCCGCAUGCCCGGCCGGCCCAAGCUUAUGAAGCUGGGCAAGCCUAGCGAUAUCUGGUCCUUGGGCUGUAUCCUCUACCAGAUGGUGUACGGCCUGCCCCCGUUCGGCCACAUCGCCAACCAAAUGUCGAGAUGUCAGGCCAUCAUCAACUGGGAUCAUGAGAUUGAGUUCCCUUCGCGUGGCAUGGGAGGCAUGUCCGUCCCACCUUCGCUUAUCCGCACCAUGAGACGGUGCCUCAACCGAGAGCACCACAUGCGACCAACAUGCGAGGAGCUACUUCACGAGUCGGACCCCUUCCUUUAUCCUGCUGAGCUUACCGACAAGGCUCUUCCCAUCGACGAGGAGCUGCUUGGUAGAAUCAUUCAGAGUGUGGUGACGAGGUGCCGAGAGCGGAUGCCAACGGAAGCCGAGAGCAUGAGCGUUUGGCCGCAGGCUUAUUGGGCCAGCGUUAAGAAAGCCAUGGCCGGCAGGAUGUAA